CCGGGAAGCGCCGCUCUAGCCCCCGCCCCCUUCAACCUUCGCCGCCUCUGGCGGGAGAGGAAGUGCCGGGUGUCCAGCCUGGCCGCGUGGAAAAGGGGGCGAGAGAGAAGUUCCCCAAAAUAUGAAGAAUUCUAAGCAAACAGCAAAGAAAAGGAACAAAGCUGCAGUUCCUAAUUGUGGCCAGGUUGUUCUGAUUGAAAGCCCCAAAAGACUCUGUUUAGAUUUAGGCAAAAAAGUCAGGCCAAAAAAAUUAAAAUGCUUGGUAAAAGGAACGAGUUCAGACCUCCCAGAUCCAAAGAAGAAACAGAGUGACUCUGAAUUGAAGAUGGAAGCACGGGCAAACUCUCCCGUGGUUAUAGAAAGCAGCUCAGAUUUAGAAUUGUUAAGGGACACCAAGAAAAGAAAUAAAGCGUUCAAAAAAAGGAAAAAACAGAAGCUUUUUUGCAUACAAGUGGAAAACUCCAACGGUCUGGAUGAAGGGCAGCCUGGUACUAUUGAUCUUCACGUGAGUAAGAAAUGCAACAAGAUUGUUCUUGAAGUUGGCAGGCAAGAUGAAGGAUCAGCGAUGAAAAGGAAAAAGAAGAAAAGGGAAAAAAGAAGAGACAAACCUGCUUGCCUUGAGCUUUUACACAGCGGUGACUGUGAAAGGCCCGUGAAGCAGAUUUCCGGAGAACUGAAAUCCAGUUGCCAAGAAAUGUCCUCCAGUCAGAAAAAGAGUAAGAUCCUUGAGCAGAAAGCUGUGGGUGAAGAAGUCGAGAAGAAAUACUUUGACUACUACGGGGGCGACCCAAAGAACAUUUCAAAACAAGACACUGCCAGCUUUGAGUGCAAAGAUACCCAAAGUGGGGAUGGACCUAUGCAACGACAGGACGAUUUGGCCCGUAGUGAAGCCAUCAAGAAGAAGAAGAAGAAGAAGCAGAAGAAGCAGCCGCUGAAUAAAAUAAGUCCUCCUCCUCCUCUUUCCUGCUUAGCCAAGAUCCAGGAAAACCACUGCGAUACGAUGAGUGAAUGUAGCCUAAAAUGCGGGUCUGAGAAAGAGGCGAGGCGGGUCGGCAAGACCCUGAAGGAAAUCGUUAAAGCAGCAAAGGAGGAGGCGAAAAGAAAACCUGGAAACGUAAACCGUUUUUCAGAAGCUGGCCAAGACGUUUUAUCGAAGUUGGGAGCCCCAGGAGGGAAAGAAAAGAGAAAGAGAGCAAAGAAACACAACGUGGAACAAGAUGACCGGGAUGGAUUGGAGGGCAGCCAACAACAGCAGGUCAAGAAAAAGAGGAGAAAAAAGGAAAUGGAAAACUCUCAAGAUGGCGGGAAGAAAGUAAAGAAGGAAAAGGAAACUAAGAAACAGAUCACAGAAGAGGAAAUAAAACUGGUGGCCUUCAGAAAAGGAAACUGCGACGAAGUGAAGAUAGACAAGGUGAGACGGCAAGCGCUUCAAGAAGAGAUCGACCGGGAAUCUGGAAAAAUCAAGAUUGCCAAGGAAGGUUCGGGCAAUUGUUUGGGCCAGUGGAGCACAGCAACAUUUGAAACGCAGGAGGAAAAAACCAAAUUUCACAGACUGAUGGGUGGGUUUAAAAAAGGCUUAGCCCCACCUCAGAGUUCUCCAGCAAAUGCUAACAAACCAAACAUGGCUCUGGAUCGGCCCAGAGAACAAGAACUGCAGCAUAACCUCGAAGCAGAAUUCAAGAAAGCCCUGGAGUUUAAGCACCAUCGAGGAAUCGGCCUGGGGUUCCAGUCCAGUGCUCCGAGCGGAGUACACAUAGACAAAUAUGCUUCCAAAUCUAUUAAAUUUGAAGCCUGACGUGCAAGGAAGGGAAGGAUAAAAUUGUCCAAACGACCCGGGUGGGGUGGGGGGUGUUAAUAUAUAUAUUUUUUUAUCUGCAAGAAGAAAAUGACCCUGGAUUUUGACUCGGCUGCUGUUCUCAAACAGGAGAGGAAAAAUAGCCUCUGCGAAUACUUUUGGGAUGAUUGCUAGGGUGCGUAUAUGCAUAUAUAUUUGUUUUCAGUUUGCUACUUGGCAGGUUUAAAGGGCCACGAUUGACUGAUUUAGGAUGGGUAACUGAGCUACGGUGGUCGUAACAGUAUAUACCGUAUUUUUCGCGCUAUAAAACACACUUCCCCCCCCCCUAAAAAGGGAGGGGUUGGUGUGGUGGAGGCAUUUGUUGCUGCCUCUCACCACUUUCGCCGCUGGCAGGGAACGCUGGUGCCUUUGCCGCCAAGCAGCUGAUUGGGGGCUGGAUCGGAAUACCGCCGAUCAGCUGUUCUAGUGGCAGCGACAGGCAACAGCAGCAACGGGCGAUCCCCGCCACCUAGAACAGCUGAUCGGUGGUAUUCCAGGAGGGCGAUCCAACCGCCAAUCGGCAGCGAAGGCUCCAGCGUUCCGUGGCAGCAGCAGCAGCUCAGCUCAGUUGACUCAGCUUGUUUUCUUCCUCUAAAGCUAAUGUGCGUCUUAUGGUCUGGUUGGUCUCACAGUGCGAAAAAUACGGUAACUAAAUAAGUGACAGGUAAGAAUAGAGCAUAGUUUACCUCAGAGGCAGGGGACCUGUGGUUUGCCUCGAUUUUUGCUGCAAGUUUCCAUACUGUGCCAUUGAAUCUUAGGGACCGAAUGUGAAAUUUGUCUGUUUAACACCUGGGCAAAUGACUAUAUAAAUUCAGAGUCCUGGCCUCAGUGUUGUGCUUUUCUGUCGUACAGUAACUGUUGUGACCAGGGAAGAAAAGCCAUCUUGUUAUUUUAAUCUUGCAUUGAUUUUAUUAAACCUUUUUCUACAAUU